UUAAGACACGGUGACCCAGUCCAUUACCAAAGAAUUCGCCGACGCGAUAGCAUCUUCCCUCGCCCACCAUGAGCCGACCGACUUUGAUCAAGCCUCCUCCAGCGUCCGAGAAUCGCGCGCCGAUAGAAGACGUGCUCGAGCUCACACAUCUGAACGCCAUCGACCCGAAUCUCUUCACAAAUACACGACCACUAUGGCAUCCUCCGGGCGCGCGUGGAAUCUACGGCGGAGCAGUCAUCGCCCAGUGUCUCGCAGCGGCGCAAAAGACCGUUCCAGCCGACUUCAACGUGCAUAGCAUGCACUGCUACUUCGUGCUGAACGGCAACGCGGAUAUCCCCAUUCUUUACAGCGUAGAGCACGUACGAGAAGGCCGAUCGUUCGCAACGAGAACGGUGCAAGCGCGACAACGUGGUCAGCCGAUCUUCACCACGACAUUGAGUUUCACGCGUGAGGGCUCGGGAGGAAAACAGAAGGUGGAACACCAGGCGAAGAUGCCGGUCUUACCGGUGCCGCAGGAGGAGGAUCCGGACGACGCUCUGCGAGGUCCAAACUCGCCAUUUGUGACGCUGCCGGUCAAUAUUGAGAACAAUGACAGUCCGAAUCCGCAUGAGAAGCGAACGAGACAGUGGAUCAAGUCGAGGGGUACGAUCAGUGAUGAGGGUGGACAUCAGGCGCAUCUCUCUGCGUUGGCAUACAUGAGUGACUCAUACUUUAUCGGAACAGUCGCCCGCACGCACAAACUCUGGCGGUAUAGCACAACACCCAAGAACAAGAAGGACGGCAGCGGCAACACACCUAUCACCAACGACGUUCUGCAUCGAUUGCAGAAGCUCAAGACGAUGGACGUCGAGGAGUUGAAGCGCAAAGAAGGACUGGACGACGAUAUCAUCAACCAGAUCAAGAGCCUUGAGAUCAAGGACGGCAAGAUUGUAGGCAUCAAGGAUAGAAGGCCGGAGAUUGGUAUGAUGGUGUCGUUGGACCACUCAAUCUACUUCCACAGCCCGCGAGAUUUUCGAGCGGACCAGUGGUUAUUAGCCGAAGCUGAGACGCCGUGGGCUGGCGACGGUCGAGGGUUUGUCCAGCAGAGAAUCUUCACGAAGGAGGGCAAACUGGUCGCGUCCUGCGUGCAGGAGGGUGUCGUGAGGCUGAAGCAGGACUCGAAGCUUUGA